UCCCAUGGUGACCAGAUGUUACAUAAUAACAGUGGGUACCUAGUAUAGCUGAGCCAUUAGAGAAUGAGAGAUAAGGGAACAGACGGAGCCGAUAAAAAGCAAGUAUUUCCCCACCAGUUUGGAUCUGGGAAACACUUUGCGGUUCAAAUGUUUUUUAAAGGGGUGAAGCCUGCUAAAGUGCAUAGCACACGUAAUUUUAUUGUCUUGAUGCAUGCUCAAUUAUCCAAGUAAGAAAGCCCCCAAAAGUUGAUUCUGUUCAGCUGGAUGUAACUCAUCCAAGUGACUUCUUCAGUCACGCUAUGUCCAGAUGAACAGAAUCAACUUUUUGGGACAUAACUUUAUUAUUAUUCUGUGUCCCAGGCAUAGCUUUCUGUUCACUAUGCAGUGCAGUUAUGCCACUCAGCUUGAUAUCCAAUCCCUGCUUUGCUAUGUGCUGCAAACUCAGCCUGCCUUCUUAAAAAACUGGGGGAAAAUGAGACUAUAUUAAAUGUAGCAAGGUCGUUGGAAACAUUGUGAUGGUAUUAUAAAGUAAAUGAAUUCCAUUAGACUUUGGUCCUUCCUUUAUCACAUGAUGGCACUUAAAACAAAUAGUAUGUGAUUGGUCUGCAAGCCCUGAAGGGGCCAUGUUCCCGUGGUGGAUGUCACUGAAUAUAUUUAAUGUUAGCUGUGCAUAGCAAUUUCUUGAGUGCUGAAACAGCUUUAUUUUGAUGUUAAAGCUUUGUCAGUGGUUUACUAAGCGAGUUUUCAUGUCUUUAGCAUUUUUCAAUGCAUGUCUAUUAGAAAAGUUGCAAGCUGGCAACACGUUAUUGCCCUAUGUAUGGUUAGAGCGACUCCAAUUCCUCCAACACUUAUCAACUGUCAGAUAUAUCCUCACUUUAUCUUCCAGAGGGUUUUCAUUUAAGUUUAUCCGAACUACUGAUCUAUUAAUACAGAUAUGUAUGCAAUAUAAACUCCCCAAAGCUGUCAGAACUCAAGAAAUUAAGGUAACUGAUUACCUUAAAUAUGGAUUUAAUUAUUUUGCACAAGUCUAAAGUCACCCCACAUUUGUUAUUUCUUUUGCUUCCAGACUUUUUUGCAAUUUUUGUGCUCUUGAAGAAUAGUUUUCUAGUCUUUCAACAUUUUUCUUUUGACAUUAGCUGCUUUUUCAUUCAUUUUCAGUCCUUUUUGUUCACUGAAGCCUCAUCAGAAAUGGUCUCAGUGGAAGGGUGGCUGUCAAGAAGCCAUUCUGAAGAAAGGGAAACAUGGAGGAGAGACUGUCAGAUUAUACAGGAACUGGACUGAAAAUCAGUUGCAACAGGUCUCAUAGAGUGAUUAAUCCAAAUGUGAAAUUUGUGGUUCAAGACAUCUUUGAUGUGUUAGGAUAGCGAGGGACAACACUGAGUGUCUUCGGUCAUCUUUAUGGCAUGGUGGGGGUUCUGUCUAAUUGGUAACAGCUUCAUUUUUCAGCAUGAUAAUGAUCCCAAAUGCUGCCAGUGCUGUAAAAGCAUAUCAGGAUAGAAAAACACACGCUGCAUCACAGUCAGACACAAUGGCCUCUGCAGAGCUUGCAGUGUGGGCUCUUCUUGACAGAGAACAGAACAAAACGACUUUCUUCUUUGAAUGUCCUUUAAGAAGCUUGGAGAACUAUAUCUGAAGGCUACUUAAAGAAAUAACAAGAAAGCUGCCUAAGAGAGCUCAGACUGUGUUGAAGAAUAGAAGCAAUCAUACCAAAUACUGAUUUUCAAUCUCUGCACCUAGUUUGUAUUUUCCAAAGAUAUAAAGAAAUUAGUGGUGGCUCAGGACUUUUGCACAGCACUGUACAUGCCUAAACGCAAUGAGAUGCAGUUAUCCGACUGGGUAACAGCUUUGCCUAAUAAAAGUUUUUACAUUUUAUUUAUUUAUUUGCUUUUUUCAUUAAGUUCCAUUCUUAUUUUUUCACAUAAUAAUUCUAAAAGUGCCCUCUAAGUAAAUGUUUGCCUGUUUUGAAAUGAACACAGAUUCAUUCUGAGCUAGUGUAACAACACCGGCCAAGGGAGAUGGUGUUGGGCAAGUGAAGUAGUAGUGGCAGCAGUCUAAAUUUAGUCGCCCUCUGCUUGUGAACUAAAUACCAAUGACAACAGACAAACUGACACCCACCCACCCACUCAUUCAGUCACUUACAGGCUGCAGCCCCCACUCGCUGCCCUCCCCAACACAAGCCUCAGUAACGGGGAGCGUGAGCGCCCACACGGGUCACACUACCCGGUCUGACCUCACCUUUCUUUCCCCGAGGAGACAGGCACAACUUGAGACAACCCCCUGAGGGUCCUUCAGGACAGGGCAGCCAUGUCACAGUUCUCCACCAUGACAACCAGAGAGAGGAAAAUGCAGGCAGCAGCAAUCUGCAGGGAGGUUCAAGCCCAAGAAGAUAUAGAAAUGGAUCUUGGAAAGAAAAUGAGUGUGCCUAAGGACAUUAUGCUGGAGGAGCUGUCUUUCGCCUCCAACCGGGGCUCCCGUCUCUUCAAAAUGCGUCAGAGACGAUCAGAAAAAUACACUUUUGAGAGCAUCCAGAACCAAAACAACACACAGCUCAAUAGCACUGCCAUCUUCCAAACUGAGACUGGGAAUACCACUGACAGCCACAGCGGCCAGAACAACGUAGGUGUUGACCAGCCACCGAAAGUGACAUGUGACACAACAACUAUGGAAGUGGUGCCAGAUCCCACCAGUAUUGCCCCGGGGUAUGGAGGUCCUCUGAAAGACAUCCCUCCGGAGAAGUUCAACAGCACAGCUGUGCCGAAGUCCUACCACUCACCCUGGGAGCAGGCCAUUAUCAAUGACCCUGCCUUGGCUGACACUCUCAUCACCCGCAUGCCAGAGCUGGCACCUCGACACGACCUGCCAGGGUACAAAAGCUUCAACAGGGUGGCAACCCCUUUCGGUGGUUUCAGCAAAGCACCCAGGCCUGCUCCUGUCAAGACCCUUCAGGUAGAAAUCCUCCCAGAGCUCCCGGAGCUCCAAGGGGACGCCCCGGUAAUUCGACCCUCCUUCAACAGAUCUGCUCUGGGGUGGGUGUCUACGGGUGGUCCAGUCCCCCUCCUUAAUGUUUCUAUCGAGAAUGCGCUCAUCCCUGAGUCAGAAGACCUUUGAACCCAUGUUGAAGUCACACAGAGAUGCUGUCUACUUCGUUGCUUAACCUGAGGUUGUUGUUUGUGGAGUGACGCUGGAGUCAGAACAGAGCAUCCUGUUGGGUGUUGCUGGUUCAAGUUAGCAUGUAUGUAGCACCCUUUGGUUUUUCCAGUGAUGUUAACAGUUGCACUGCAGGGAAUAAUUUAAAAAAUCACUGUGUACAUUAGACAGACACACUACUGAAAACUGUUGUAUAUUGAUUUUCAUAAACAGAUUUUAUCUCACAUUUUUGCUCAAUAAAGUGGCGUACAAUAAUCCAAAAUCCAA